GCCUGAGUUUGUCUUUGUUCGCUCUUCCGGUCAUGAUGCAGGUGGCUGUGGUGUGGCUCGAUGAAAACGUCUUUAGCUUUUCUUUGUUGCAUGCUCAGAGGUUCCUGGGCUGCUGUGCGGCUUUUAUUCAAAAAUCACCAUUCCGGAGAGCAAUCUGAUCUGAUCAGCACACAGGGCAUUUCACAAGGAGGGCCGCCGGCAGGACUGAUGUUGGGUUGAGGUUACUGGGCUCACAGGGCCAGUUAUGGCUCAUGGUAAGAGGCCAGGAGCCAUUUCCAAAAUAUUGGCUCCCAGCCCUCCACCGUGCCCCGGUCCAGGACUCGCGAAACAGAGCCAAGAGGAGCGGCGAGGUUUGGUGAAGGAGGCGUCUGAGCAACCACCUGGCACCUUGAAGGAUAACAACAAUGACCAGCUGACUCCUGCUUCUGCAAAUCACUAUUACAUGAGUUGUGACCCUAGUCCUGAGGACAUGGAGGACACCUGCUCUGAGUAUGACAACGUGGGCUCUGAUGUCGAGCAGGACUAUGAUGAGGUUCUGCAUCUGAACAGAGAGGGCAUGGUGGACAUGAGGUAUUACAAGCAGUACUGUCCUGAGGAUGGCGGCUAUAUAAAGCAUGCAGGAGGUGAUAAUAUUAACGAGAACAGCAGUGCUGUCGACCAGUUCUCUCCCCGGGCUCGUCAUAGCACAGAAAUAUGUGAGGGAUCGCAAUCUGACACUAAGCCUCAUAAGAUGGGCCAUCGCUUUAGGUCACAUUGUACGACGAUCGCUGGGGAUGAAGCAGAGAGGGAGGUGGAAAAGGGCCAGGAGAACAGGUUCUUCUUCAGUGACGGAGAUGAGAUAGAAGAGGUGCUGGAUGGGGCCAAAUUCAUAGAGGAUUUAGAGGAGACAGAGAACAGCGUUCAAAGACCGACCAGCCUUUAUCAGGGCAAUGAUAAUGAAAGAAUUACAAAGGGAGGCGAUGAAAGGGAGAGAGAGGAUGACACUCGACUUACAAGAAACCAUACUAUCCAAGGAGCCAGUAAGAAGUGUGAGUCAUCUCACGUGGGUUCAAAGGAGAAGGAGAGGCAGAGUAAAGGACGAGGGAGGAGGGGAACAGGAGAGGAUGUCGAGCAUAUUGUUUCUGGGAUCAAAGGAUGCACGACCAACAGCACUGAGCAGCGUCCAAAGACUUCGUCAAAGGACUGCAAAAAGGCCGCUGUGCGGACCAAAGCUAGAUCUGGCCCCGGUAAGCAGCAUCCUCCUCCUCCACCCCGUCAUUCCCAUGCCCAGCCACCUGCUGAGACCCAGAAGGCCCAGCCUCGUAGAGAGACUCCUCCUGUUCCCAGACCCAGUCCCUCCUCUGCUAACAGCCAGGAGAACGAACCCAGGGUUAUCAAGCCAUCGCUGGCUCCCCAUCACACGCCAGAACAACAGAGGGAGCCUCUUGAGGAGAGGCAGAGACAGCCAGAGAAACCCCAGCAGCAGGGUGAGAAGCCAAGCACAGCCGUGAUGCCUGAGGACGUGCCAGAGCAGCCGAGGAGGCCUCAUUGUUCAGAGCUCAUCCCUGCAGAGGAGACCAACACACCCAAGAAAACACAGGAGGCUACUUCUUUCCCCAGCUUUGAGGAUGUCCCAGGUCCCUGUGAACCAGAGGAUCUUAUUGAUGGGAUCAUCUUUGCUGCUAACUACCUUGGCUGCACUCAGGUGUUGUCUGAUAAGAAUCCAUCCAAGUCUGUUCGCAUGUCCCAGGCCCAUGAAGCUGUCAGUCGUAUCAAGAGCCAGGAUGAAGACUCUCAAAUGAUGACAGAGGUGGACCUGUUCAUCUCCACAAAAGCUGUCAAAGUGCUGAAUGCUGACACACAGGAGACAAUGAUGGACAGUGCCUUGCGUACCAUCUCCUAUAUCGCUGACAUUGGUAGCAUUGUGGUUCUGAUGGCUCGGAGGCGCAUGUCUCAGGCUUCAUCAGAGGAUUUUUCAGAAUCUCCCGAUUCUGCCAGCGAGGGGAAGUCUCAGUACAGGAUGAUCUGCUAUGUCUUUGAGUCAGAGGAUGCACAGCUCAUCGCACAGUCCAUUGGUCAGGCCUUCAGCGUGGCCUACAGAGAAUUCCUGCGAGCCAACGGCAUCAACCCAACCGACUUGAGCCAGAAACAAUACAGUGACAUCAUCAACUCCCAGGAAAUGUACCACGAUGACCUCGUCCAUUUCUCAAACUCAGACAACUGUAAAGAGCUGUACGUGGAGAAGCAGAAAGGAGAAAGCCUCGGUGUGGUGAUCGUGGAGUCCGGCUGGGGCUCCAUUCUGCCCACUGUCAUCCUGGCCAGUAUGAUGAACAGUGGCCCUGCAGCUCGCUCUGGAAAACUCAGUGUUGGGGACCAGAUUAUGUCCAUUAAUGACACCAGCCUGGUGGGGCUGCCGCUGGCCACCUGUCAGGGCAUCAUCAAGGGUCUGAAGAAUCAGGUGAAAGUAAAGCUGAGUAUUGUGAGCUGCCCUCCCGUCACCACCGUCCUCAUCAAGAGACCUGAUCUCAAGUUCCAGCUCGGCUUCAGUGUUCAGAAUGGCAUUAUCUGCAGUCUGAUGCGAGGUGGCAUUGCAGAGCGAGGCGGCGUUCGUGUUGGACACAGAAUCAUUGAAAUAAAUGGUCAGAGUGUUGUUGCCAUGGCACACGAGAAGAUUGUUCAAACCCUGUCCGUCUCAGUGGGUGAGAUCAACAUGAAGACGAUGCCCGCUGUGAUGUUCAGACUGCUGACAGGACAGGAGACGCCUAUCUACAUUUAGAGACCCUGCAUGGAUCAGCCCACUGUAGUUCUGCAUGUCUGGCUGUGUGGAGACAGGUGGCUCAGUGGGACGAGGAGAAUUUAUUUUUCUAUCAUUUUAUUUUUUUUGGCCUCUUGUUGCAAUGCUGUAAAGAACAUCCAGUUCUCAUUUUCAGGUUUUAUCUCAAAUUACAUUGUCAUAAUGGCCUUACAAUGUGAACGCUCUGUCUGUAGUACUGUAUGUGAGUUUCUGGUGUUGAAGAGAAGUAGCUUUAAGGUCAUGAUUAUUUUCUUAUGAAGAGAUAAAUUAGUACAUUUAUUUUUUAUUUAGUCAUUUUUAUAAUGUGUAUGGAGUUUAAAAAUGUACUUCUACUGUAAAUACUUUGGAUUACUCAAGGACUUGAUUGGAAAGGCCAUAUUACUCUACAGUAUAUGCAUGUUAUUAUGAAGAAUUACUGACCAGGGAUUAAUUCUCAAUCUGACACGAUAAUCUAUUACAGUAAGUAUUAAAAGAAGAUAAUAAUAUGCUGUACAAAGGCACUAAACUAUGUGUAUUAUGGUGACGCUGAAGGCCAAAGACACACCUACUUUUCAAAGACAUACAGUAUGGGUGAUCAUUACCUUUACCAGAACGUACAAGAAUGUAUCAAAAUAUACAUUACUGAAUGAAUGUAAUGUUGAAACACACUAAGAAUACAAUCUCACUGCUGAACA